AUGACGGUGACGUCAUGAUGGCGACCUCCAGUCAGUCAGACGAUGAGGAUGGAAGGAAAAUUGAGGAUGCACGUGGCGAUUCCCCAUCCCAGAUCGUUCAAGUAAUGAAUACAUAUGGCAGGGAAUUUUGGUUUAUAUUGGCUGUGAUAUUUACUGCUUUUGCGGCACUACAAGAUGGUCCACCAAAAACAAGAAAAGCCAAUCCUCCUCAAAAAUUUUUUUCAUCAUCAUCAUUAGUUGCUGAUUUUUACCUUGGAAAUCUUCAGGCACUUAACACUCUAAUAUCAGAAAAUGAUAUUGCUAUUGUUUUGUAUUAUGCACCUUGGGAUGCUGGAAGCAUGCAUGCUAAAGAAGAAUUUGAAACAGUUGCUCGAUUUUAUCAUACUGAGGUAUUCUUUGCUGCAAUUAACUGUUGGUGGCCUGAAGGUGAAUGCCAUAAAACCUACAAAUUUAUUUCCUAUCCUGUCAUCAUAGUCACUGUUCAGCAUGCAGGAAAUAUUAAUUAUCAAGGACCUAUGGUAGCAAAUUAUAUCAUAUCAUUUUUAGAUCAUGUGCUUACUCCUUUUGUGCAUAUUCAAAGUCAAGGAGAUUUGUUAGAUUUACAAGCAAAAUAUGAGGCAGUUUUAGUUGGAUUUUUUGAUUUUCAAAUAUCUGCAGAACCUAUUGGUUAUUCAGAAUAUUAUGAAGCUUCUUUAAAAAGUUUAUCUCAUGAUCCCACAAGACGCUUAGUAUUUGCUAUCAGCACUUGCAAAAAAUCAGCAACAAAGUUAAAACUGAAUGAAUCUCCAUCAUUGACACUUUAUCUUUGGAAUCAGUCAGAGAUAUAUCCAAACACUAAACUCAAAAUGAAUGAAAUAUUAAAAUGGGCUUUUAGUCGAUUACAUCAGUUUGGUUUUUCUGAAGGAGGUCAGCAUAGCGGGGUGUGUGAUAUGCCCCGCUAUGCUGACCUCCUUCAGAUUUUAUCUGAAGUGGACCUGAAUGCAACACCUAAAACAUGUCUGAGUAAUCAGUUUCGAUGUAUGAACUCUGUCUGCAUUCCACAAGUUUGGGUUUGUGAUGGUGAAGAUGACUGUCAUGAUAAAUCAGAUGAACCAAGUAGUUGUGUAAUUUUAUUUUUUAAAGCUGAAUUUGUUGUUAGUUAUACUGAAAACCUGCUCAAUCGGCAUUUACGAAGUGCUGUGAAAUACAAGAUGGGCUGUGAUACUUCUCCUGGAUUUGAAGGUGUUUGUGUACAUGAAAUAACAACAGAUAGAUUUCAAAAUGUUGUCCUUGAUACAGAAAAGGAUGUUGUUGUUAUGUAUUAUGCUCCCUGGUGUGCAUUUUGUGGUUCAGUAGCUCAUGUUUUUCUAACGGUUGCAAGAUACUUUGCUGGAAUUAGUGGCAUUAUAUUUGUAAGGAUCAAUGGAGAUGAUCAUGAUCUCCCUUGGGAAUUCACUGUUGACAAAUAUCCUUCAAUUCUGUUUUUUCCAGCAAGAAGAAAACCUCAAAGUGUUAAAUUUCCACAAGCUUUGCCAAUAACCCCAGUAAACCUUCUUCAUUUUGUACUGAUGAAUGCUCAACCAGCAAUUCGCUGGAAGAUUUCAUUACAAUUAUGUAAUAAACGCUGUAAAAUUUACAAUUAUGUGAAAACAACUUCAAAAAUUCCACAUCUAUUUAGAGAAUUGCAUUUAUUAUUAAAUCAGUUACAUUUUGUUCAAGAAAAUCUUUAUAAAGUCAGAAAAAUGAGGAUAUUUCCAAUAGGAAAAAAAUCCAAAAACUUAUUUAAAGAAGACAAACAUCAACUUCAAGAAGACAUGCUGACAGAAUAUCAUCAGUGGUUAAUAGAGAAUAUAAAGAAGACAAAGAGGAAAAUAAAAUUGGCUCGAAAGUUACAAAAUAUAUUAAGAGAAAAGGGAAGUCUUCAGAUAGCGGAAAAGCUAGUGUUUCUUCAGAAUGACACUUCAACACUCAACAAAGACAGAUCUGAAAAUAUCAAUAGUAAGCCACACAAAAACAGAAAAGAAAAAGAUGAGUUAUAAUAUAAAUUUUUUACAGUGUAAUGUUUGUCAUAAAUAAUCUUACACUGUAGGAAAUAUAAAUAUUUGUAACUUAUUGUAUAUAUUUAACUACCCUUACAAUUGUCUAAAAAAUGGACUAAAAUGUUUUGGGCGAAUAUUUAUAUGCAAAGUGCCUUAAUGAGAUAAAUCCUAAUACAAUAUGUGAUAUGAUGAUUAAAACUCAGUACAACUAGUCAGUGCGCUAUGUUAAUUUCACAUCAAUGAUGUUUGCUUAAAGAAUAAUUUUCUAUAGAUUGUCUGAAGUAUCUCAUUGUAAACUUGUAUUUUGUUGAUAUUUUCAUAUUUACAAUGAUUAGUUUCAGAUGAAAGAAAAGUACUGUACUGUACAUCCUCUUAUUCAAGGUAAUGGUUUCUCAGUAUUUCUCAAAUCCAUGGACCAUAUUUUAAAAAUAUCAUUUGAGUUGUUCUAUGAUAUAAUAAUUACAUAGGAAAUGAGAAAUACUGAUAUAUAUUUUUUUUAAACUAUUCUUCUUUUUUAAAUAAUCAUUGUUGCCAA